CGAGUUGGCAGGUAUCCCGCGGCUAAACGAGAAAAGGUGCCAUACAAGCAAGCAUCAGACAAGUGGCCUCUGGCGGCCGAGGACGCCUGCAGCACUGAGCGAGUGAGCAAAGAAAGAGUCUACAAAAGCAUCCGUCGCAUACAUACACAGCCGCACACAGCUGGCAAAUUAGACAAAGUACGACUGUCGGACGUCGGACAGACCAGUUCACAAAAGUUGCCGCGCCUUCCGCCCUUUUUAUGGGUCGCGUUUGGGGCGAAAAAUCCCACCAGAAUUGCAUCGGAGCUGGCCAAUGCACGGCACCGAGACACUCUGGCAUGA